CGGCGCCUCUAGCUCUCGGCUCCUGGCUCCUCCUUCUCCCCCUCUCCUCGGCCCCGCCGCCCACGGAGGAGGCCCCAUUCCCGGGUCGGAUGCCUGGGUUGGCCAGGUAGAGCGAUGAGAGAGAUGUUGCCUCCACCCCCUUAGACCCUUGGGAUCAGGAGCUAUGGGGCCUGGGGCCCUGUCAUCUCUACUGCUGCUGCUGCUGCUCUUGGUGGCAACUGGAGUUGCUGACAUGAAGGGGCAUUUUGACCCUGCCAAGUGCCGCUAUGCCCUGGGCAUGCAGGACCGGACCAUCCCUGACAGUGACAUCUCUGCCUCCAGCUCCUGGUCGGACUCCACUGCUGCCCGCCACAGCAGACUGGAGAGCAGUGACGGCGAUGGGGCAUGGUGCCCAGCAUUGCCGGUGUUUCCCAAGGAGGAGGAGUACCUUCAGGUGGAUCUGCGACGGCUGCACCUGGUAGCUCUGGUGGGCACCCAGGGACGACAUGCUGGGGGCCUGGGCAAGGAGUUCUCCCCCAGCUACCGACUGCGUUACUCCCGGGAUGGCCACCGCUGGAUGGGAUGGAGGGACCGCUGGGGUCAGGAGGUGAUCUCAGGGAACGAGGACCCUGGGGGAGUGGUGCUGAAGGACCUUGGACCCCCUAUGGUGGCCCGACUGGUUCGCUUCUACCCACGGGCUGACCGGGUCAUGAGCGUCUGCCUGCGGGUGGAGCUCUAUGGCUGCCUUUGGAGCGAUGGACUCCUGUCUUACACAGCCCCUGUGGGGCAGACCAUGUACCUCUCCGAGGCCGUGCACCUCAACGAUUCCACCUAUGAUGGACACACCGUUGGCGGGCUACAGUAUGGAGGUCUGGGCCAGCUGGCAGACGGUGUGGUAGGGCUGGAUGACUUUAGGAAGAGCCAGGAGCUGCGAGUCUGGCCAGGCUACGACUACGUGGGAUGGAGCAACCACAGCUUCCCCAGUGGCUAUGUGGAGAUGGAGUUUGAGUUUGACAGGCUGAGGGCCUUCCAGGCCAUGCAAGUCCACUGCAACAACAUGCACACGCUGGGAGCCCGCCUGCCUGGCGGGGUGGAGUGUCACUUCAAGCGGGGCCCUGCCAUGGCCUGGGAGGGGGAGCCCGUACGCCAUGUCCUCGGGGGCAGCCUGGGGGACCCCAGAGCCCGGGCUGUCACGGUGCCCCUGGGGGGCCGCGUGGGCCGCUUUCUGCAGUGUCGCUUCCUCUUUGCGGGGCCUUGGCUACUCUUCAGUGAGAUCGCCUUCAUUUCUGAUGUUGUGAACGACUCAUCUCUGGCUCUGGGGGGCACCUUCCCACCAGCUCCCUGGUGGCCACCUGGCCCACCUCCUACCAACUUCAGCAGCCUGGAGCUGGAGCCCAGGGGCCAGCAGCCCGUGCCCAAGGCUGAGGGGAGCCCGACUGCCAUCCUCAUCGGCUGCUUGGUGGCCAUCAUCCUGCUGCUGUUGCUCAUCAUCGCCCUCAUGCUGUGGCGGCUGCACUGGCGCAGGCUUCUCAGCAAGGCUGAGCGUCGGGUGUUGGAAGAGGAGCUGACAGUUCAUCUCUCUGUCCCGGGGGACACCAUCCUCAUCAACAACCGCCCAGGCCCUCGAGAGCCACCCCCUUAUCAGGAGCCUCGGCCCCGUGGGAAUCCGCCCCACUCUGCUCCCAGUGUCCCCAGUGGCUCUGCGUUGCUGCUCUCCAAUCCAGCCUACCGCCUCCUUCUGGCCACUUACGCCCGUCCCCCUCGAGGCCCGGGCCCCCCCACACCCGCCUGGGCCAAACCCACCAACACCCAGGCCUGCAGUGGGGAUUAUAUGGAGCCCGAGAAGCCGAGUGCCUCACUUCUGCCCCCUCCUCCCCAGAACAGCGUCCCCCAUUAUGCCGAGGCUGACAUUGUCACCCUGCAGGGUGUCACUGGGGGCAACACCUAUGCUGUGCCCGCACUGCCCCCAGGGGUUGUUGGGGAUGGGCCCCCCAGAGUGGAUUUCCCUCGGUCGCGGCUCCGCUUCAAGGAGAAGCUUGGUGAAGGCCAGUUUGGGGAGGUGCACCUGUGUGAAGUAGAGAGCCCUGAAGAUCUGGUCAGUCUUGAUUUCCCCCUUAAUGUACGCAAGGGACACCCCUUGCUGGUAGCUGUCAAAAUCCUACGGCCAGAUGCCACCAAGAAUGCCAGGAAUGACUUCCUGAAGGAGGUGAAGAUCAUGUCGCGGCUAAAGGACCCCAACAUCAUUCGGCUCCUAGGCGUGUGUGUGCAGGACGACCCCCUCUGCAUGAUUACCGAUUACAUGGAGAAUGGUGACCUGAACCAGUUUCUCAGUGCCCAUCAGCUAGAGGACAAGGUGGCAGAGGGGUCCCCAGGGGAUGAAGAGGCUGCCCAAGGGCCCACCAUCAGCUACCCAAUGCUGUUGCACGUGGCGGCCCAGAUUGCCUCGGGCAUGCGCUAUCUGGCCACACUCAACUUUGUGCAUCGGGACUUGGCCACGAGGAACUGCCUGGUCGGGGAAAAUUUCACCAUCAAAAUUGCUGACUUUGGCAUGAGCCGGAACCUCUAUGCUGGGGACUAUUACCGCGUGCAGGGCCGGGCGGUGCUGCCCAUCCGAUGGAUGGCCUGGGAGUGCAUCCUUAUGGGGAAGUUCACGACUGCGAGUGAUGUGUGGGCCUUCGGGGUGACCCUGUGGGAGGUGCUGAUGCUCUGCCGGGCCCAGCCCUUUGGGCAGCUCACCGACGAGCAGGUCAUCGAGAACGCGGGGGAGUUCUUCCGGGACCAAGGCCGGCAGGUGUACUUGUCCCGGCCCCUGGCCUGCCCGCUGGGUGUGUACGAGCUGAUGCUGCGGUGCUGGAGCCGGGAACCUGAGCAGCGACCACACUUUUCCCAGCUGCAUCGGUUCCUAGCAGAGGAUGCGCUCAACACAGUGUGA